AGUAAGCCAUUUAAAUACAGUUGUUUAUUUUCUUUUGUUCAAUCUUUAAAUCUUGAGUUCACCAAAUCUCGUUAACUUAUUGUAAAAUUUAAUCAUGAGCGGUUCAAAUACUUCUGAAUUGGAUAUUUUAAAUGCUUCGCGCGGUGUAUGGCUUGUCAAAGUACCCAAGUAUAUGGCAAACGAAUGGCAAAAUGCACCAUCAAUGAGUGAACUCGGUCGACUCAAAAUUAACAAUCGUGGUCCAGCAGGUAGACCGGAAAUAUUUUUUGACUUGUCAAACGAAGUCUUGGAGCGAGCUAAAGCAAAACCUGAAUCAAAAAAUAGCGAUACACAUAUACCUAAGGAACAUCAAUUUGUUAUCAGUGACAUUUCUCACCAGCAUUUAGCUGUCUUCUCACAUCCUAAAGAUGACAGAAGCUCAGGUCUUAUUUUAGAAGGAAAUGUGGUACAAAAAGGAGAGUGUCGACCAACCGGCGAUAAUAAUUACAUGAGAUUGAAGGCUAAGCAAAUGGAGAAAGCUAAUAAACCUCAAAGAACAGUAUUAAAGUUAGAUCAAACACCGAUCAGCUAUCUCCCUGUUUCACAUCACAAAGUUGAGGUCAUGAAUGAGGCUAAACGUAAAGCCGAGGGUAAAAGAUCUCGAGAAGAAAAGGACAAAGUUAUGGAAAUGCUGUAUCAGGCAUUUGAAAAGCACCAGUAUUAUUAUAGCAAAGAUUUGGAGAGAAUUACAAAACAACCCAGUUCAUAUUUGAAAGAAAUUUUAAAAGAAAUCUGUGUGUACAAUACCAAAAACCCGCAUAAAAAUAUGUGGGAAUUGAAACCUGAAUAUCGUCAUUACGAGGUUACCGAUGAGAAACCAGAACAAGGUUGACUAAUUUCAUUUACGCUUGACUUGACUGGAUUGUCAACAUAGUUUCAACUCCCGCCAUGUUGGAACUGUUUAUCAUCUUUCUUCAUUUUACUUAUUUUCACUUUUGUCUGCACUUCAAAUCUCUCUCUAGAUGGAGCUUACUCUCUCUCUCUCCUCUUUCUAGAUUCAUUUUAAACUUUCUUUUUUUCAAACCUAUCAUGCUAAACACAUGUUAUUUUCUUAUCAUUUCACUAUUAAGACAUAGAGACACAUUUCUCUGAUCUCGCAAUUUCCAAAAUUGUGACUUUGCUGCUUGUAUAUUAUAAUAUUAAUACUUAUAAAAUAUUCAUUGGCGUUAUUCAUGUAUCAAUAUGUAUUUGGCGCGUUUAAAUUCAUUGGACACUUUAUAAUGUCUCCUAUGCGUAGAACAAUGUUUUUCAAAUAAACAUAUUUUA